UCGUGGCGACGGCGGCAGCGGCCCCUCGGCUGGCGGGGGACGAUGAGGAGCGACGGGAGCGGCGCGGGGCGACUACGCUGCUGCGAGGAGCCCGGUUUCGCGGCCGCGGCCGACUGCGCAGCCCGCCGGCGACUCUGAGACUCCUACGGAGAGCGAUCAUGGAAAAGUCCUGGGUGCUGUGGAACUUCAUCGAAAGAUGGCUGCUGGCCUUGGCUUCAUGGUCUUGGGCGCUCUGUCGCAUUUCUCUUUUACCAUUAAUAGUGACUUUCCACCUUUAUGGAGGCUUUGUCUUGCUUUUGUUGAUAUUCAUAUCCAUCGCAGGUAUUCUCUAUAAAUUUCAGGAUGUAUUGCUUUAUUUUCCAGAACAGCCAUCGUCUUCACGCCUUUAUGUCCCCAUGCCUACCGGCAUUCCGCAUGAGAACAUUUUCAUCCGAACCAAAGAUGGAGUUCGUCUGAAUCUUAUUUUGAUAAGAUACACUGGAGACAGUUCCCCCUAUUCCCCAACUAUAAUUUAUUUUCACGGGAAUGCGGGUAACAUAGGUCACAGGCUGCCAAACGCAUUGCUCAUGUUGGUUAACCUCAAGGUUAACCUUCUGCUGGUGGAUUAUCGAGGGUACGGGAAGAGCGAAGGCGAAGCGAGUGAGGAUGGGCUGUACCUGGACUCCGAGGCUGUGCUGGACUAUGUGAUGGCCAGACCGGACAUUGACAAAACAAAGCUGUUCCUCUUCGGCCGUUCCCUGGGAGGGGCAGUGGCCAUUCACCUGGCCUCUGAGAAUUCACACAGAAUUUCAGCCAUUAUGGUGGAGAACACCUUUCUGAGCAUACCGCAUAUGGCCAGCACUUUAUUUUCCUUCUUCCCCAUGCGUUACCUUCCCUUAUGGUGCUACAAGAAUAAAUUUUUGUCCUACAGAAAGAUUUCUCAGUGCAGAAUGCCUUCUCUUUUCAUCUCGGGACUCUCUGACCAGUUAAUCCCACCAGUGAUGAUGAAGCAGCUUUAUGAGCUGUCCCCGUCACGGACUAAGAGAUUAGCCAUUUUUCCAGAUGGAACUCACAACGACACAUGGCAGUGCCAAGGCUACUUCACUGCACUCGAACAGUUCAUCAAGGAAGUCAUCAAGAGCCACUCACCGGAAGAGAUGACAAAAACUUCAUCCAGUGUGACAAUUAUCUAAUGUCUCCUUUUUGAUUGAUGCAUUGUAUUUUAAUUUGUGCAGAAUGAUAAAGAAUGUUCCUUUCUAGAAGCGUGUUAUGUCUUAUUUGUCUGAAGGUGACAUUCAGCUUUGAAAGGACCUCAGCACUCUUUUAUGAUGAAUCAGAUCAUUUUUUACGUUUCAAGAACUGUGAUUCUUGGGAUUGUUACAUACACUUUCGUCAAAACUUUGAAUGUGAUUAUGUAUCCAUAAUUUUAGUUUACUGUGUCAGUAAAAUAGAAAUUACUCAGAAGAUUCUUGUUGCUUAAGUGGCAUAGUCUGUUACACUUAGGUUACUAGCUGGGUGUGGAAGGAGAUGUGGGGACAAGAAACCUUUGGAUAUAAUUCCUUUAGUAACUAUUGGGACAAUCAUGGUAAGCAAACUUCUGUAACUGUAUUUUUCACCUUACCAGUUAAAAUGAAAUGCAUGAUGUAUUUUAUUCCUUGACUUAUGCAAUGCAACAUUUUUUAAUGUAAAUAGCACUGGUCAUAGACCACUGUAUGUGGCUACCUGGGUGAUAUCUAUUUUUAUGUGAGCUCUUUCAUUUUUGGCAGGAGUGAAAUGAGCCUGCGUGCAGGUUGCUGUUGAACUUUAUUGUGGUGAACGCUGAGAUCCAGCUUUUUCUUACAAAUAAAUGGGACCCUGUUUUCCAGUAUAAAUGUUCCAUGUUUUUGUGAGAUGCGGUCUGGAUCAUGCCAGGUAGAAGCGGAAACUUAGAAUUUUAGUACAGCUUUCUGUGCACAUUUGAACUUUUUAAUAUUUGUAAUUUUGAUGGCGAAGAGAAUUUUAGCUUCUGUCAGUUUUGUAAGUCUACAGCUGAACCACUGAUGGUGGUCAUAGUGAAAAUGAGACCUUGCUUAAGAUUUGUCAGAAAGACGUAUUUAUGAUUGCGCAUACUACGUUAGUAAUUCUCACAACCGACUUCUAAGUCCCAGUGUGAAGGCUGUGCCCAGCCCACCAAAGGCCAACGUAACAUUUAUUGGACUUUUUGAAAAUAAAUAAAAGUUACAAAACCAAAACAAGCUAUGUGCUUAUUAGCUCAGUUUUCUAUUUGCUACAAAAUAGAACUACAUCAGAAGACAGCUUUAUAAAGUCUGACAUUUUUACUUUUGAAAUUUUUUAUGGGAUUGAAGGAAGUCUAGAGCACUUUGACACAACUUACGACCACAGCUAACAGUUAAGUGGCUGUAGGUGGGAAGUAGUAUUUAGAUAUAUAGAAAAGUAAGAAAAAUCUUACAAAAAGACGUCCCUUAAACCUUGCAAGAUUUACCUUAAUAAAAUACGAGCUACAAGGUAGCAUUGUGCCAAGUUGUGAGCAGUCUUCAAAACCUAGAUGUAACUGAGGUCUGUGUGUUAUAACAUCAGCUCUAACAUGUGAUACUUGGAAUAUUUUCGCUAUAUUUAUUGGCUUUCUGUAACUAACUGCAGCAGAGAAAUAAGGUGUCAGUAAUCUUGACCUUAAUUUGAAACCCUUUCUGUGAAGAUAGGGCUAUAAAUACUUCUGCCAAAUAGCAUCUCUAUCCUUCACUUUAUGCCAUUAUGUAGAAAAAAAUAAAUUAUUGCCAGUAUGAUUUCUACAGAAUAAUGGUUUUCUAUAAAUUAUUAAUUGUAAAAAGUCUUGCUUUUUAAAAAGAAUUGGUAAUGCAUAUCAUGGAAGGUGUAUUUUUAUGUAUAAAUUUGCAAUUAAAGGUUACUUUUUAUCUUGUCAA